CGGAAGGCUUUGGGACAAGGUUCUACCGCCAAAACUGCGCACGAAAGUUCAAAUGAGCAGCACUGUGAUAAAUAUUGCAGAGGAUAAGGAGAAUAUCCAGCAGCCCCCGAAUAAGAAAAUCUGCACAAUGCCCACCGAUUCUGUUAUUCUCAAAUUUGCAAAACUCUCCAAAAAUGCGUUUUCUCCUACGAGGGGUUCAAAAUUGGCAGCUGGAUAUGACUUGUACAGUGCUUAUGACUAUGUAAUUCCUGCAAAAGGGAAAGUGAUUGCCAAAACAGACAUCCAGAUAGCCCUGCCAGACGGCUGUUAUGGAAGAGUUGCUCCUCGAUCAGGACUGGCAGCAAAACAUUUUAUUGAUGUGGGAGCUGGAGUGAUAGACCAGGAUUACAGAGGAAAUGUGGGAGUGGUCAUGUUUAACUUUGCAGAUCAAGACUUUGAAGUGAAGAAGGGAGAUAGGAUAGCCCAGCUGAUUUGUGAGAGAAUUUACAUCCCAGACCUGCAGGAGUGUGAGAAGCUGGACGACACAGACAGGGGAGAGGGAGGGUUUGGAUCGACGGGGAAAAACUGAAUCUGUUUUCUCACUGAGACCUGAAAGUUCUUAUGUUAGAUAAUGAAGUCUGAGGAUGAGAAGUGUCUGGAAGGAUGAGAAAGAGCUGGAAAACGUUCAUAGGAUCAUUGGAAUGGUCAGAAAAAGAGAGUAAUAUGACUGAGGUGUGAAAUUUCUAGUUGCUCAUGGCAGCUGUAGAAAGAGUACAUUUGACUUAGACUUGAAAUGUUUAUAAAUUACAUGUAGAUGAAGCUUGUCAAUUAUUUCUCUAUGUCUGGGGCAAUCCAAUUUCUUUUAUAUAAAAAUAUGUCUGACACAAUAUUUGUACCAUGACAUGAUUCAUGAAAUCUUGUAUGUUAUGCAGUUUUCAUUGUGCAUCAUAAUCACCAAGUUUUUCACUUUAAUAUCAAAAUAUUUUUUCAUAUUUAAUAUCUGUUGUUAAACUAUAUCGUUGAGUUCUCUGCAUGUUUUGAUAUCAUCCUCACAUAUUAAUGUGAUAGCUAUAUUUUGCUGUAUCAUCCCAGACCCACUUUGCCGAUUUAUUACUAUUGGCUUUGUUGCACAUGAUUUAAAAUUGAAUCAUCUAAAGAAUAUGUUCUUGAGUGAACUAUUUUUUAAUUAAAUCAUGCUAAAUCUGUGAAAUACCAAUUGAAAUAUUUGGAAAGAAUGUUUUUUUUCUUAUUUUGUUUUGAUUUUUUGGAUGAAUGCUUUUUAUGUUUGAAUUUUUAUGCAUAUUCAGUACAUAUUUAGUGCUUAAAGAAAGACUGUUUCAUUUUACUGCUUUCUUUUUCCAUGAUACCACCUUGUGUGUUCAGUUUGUAUAUAAAUACAUGUAUUAAAAUGUACAUGUAAUUAGGAUAGCAUUAUUUUCAUACUUUCUUUCCAAAAUUAAA